AUGGCGCCAACAACAAACUCCCCGAAGCGGUCACCCCAGGGUGUCGCAAAGGCUACCCAUCACAACCCCGCGGGUCGUUCCCCGAGAACGUCCAAUAAAGCUAUCUCCCUUGGUUCUCUGAACGCUGAUCGGAAGCGAAGAGCGGCCUCCGUAUCGAGUGUGUCAUCCGUCUCAUCCAUUGGCGAACUCAGCGACGAUGCAAAUGACUCCGAGGAUGAUGAUGCAGAUGACGAGGAAGAACAGCCAGCUGUUCGUGCCCCGUCUUAUGGUCGCCGUGACAGGGCCCAUAAGACGGGCGUGAAACAGAAGAAGACAAAGAAGAUGAAAUUCUCCGACGAUGAUGGCUACGAUGGUCAACGGAGUAGCGAUGAUAACAAUGAUUCUGACGAAAGCUCUGAUGAUGUCUAUGCCGCUGUGGACUACAUCAGCGAUGGCUCAGAUGAUGAGGAACAGGAUGUAGAGAAACUGGAAGAGUUGUUGAUUGUGGAGUCUGAAAAUGAAAACCCCGUUGGCGGUAUCCUAGCUCCCGGCGCUGAUGUUUGGGCCGGUCCCAAUGUUUUCGACGAUCAUAUGAUCCUGUCGGGUGCGUCCUUCUUUGAUGAAGAACAGCUUUAUACUGCCAUGGAAGCCUUCGGGGAGACCGACAUGGCUAGCGAGACUGCUAUUGAGACCCCGGUGCCGCGCCGGGUGCACUUCCAGGAAGACUCGGACUCCUCGUCUGAUAGUGAUUCCCAUACCGAGGAUGAGAUCCCCAGUGAUUUCCUCCAGCAGGAUAGUCUCGAUCCCCAGUUGCGUCGCAUGAUCGACAAUGAUAAUGAAAAUUUAUCCCGCCGCCGGCGUCAGUCUGAGGAGAUGUAUGCCGAGUCAGACUACGGGCAUUCCAAUAUUUAUCACGUGGAAUCCGAUGCCAUCUCCGAGGGUUCGGAGUCAAGCGGCUAUGAAACCGAUGAUGGCGAGACUACAGAUGAAGAUCUUCCCCCUCCUGCCACCAUCACGCACCCUAGGUCCAUCCUGCGUCGGGAUUCUUCGGCCUCGCUGGCGCCCACAGGUGAUGAGAAGAGCGAAACCACUUCUCGUCGGCGAGGACCGAUUAUGGGGACAUUUGUCGCCGACCCUUAUAAGCCUGUUGCACUUGUCGACUGCACUGGCAAGCACCUCGUGAUUAUCCCUGCCUAUGCCUCCUCUCGCCAUGAUUGGCUUGAAUCUGCCACGAAUAGCGCCUGCAAUACUGCUCAUAACAGCCCAAGGGCUACUACCAUGCAUCUUAUUGACGAAAGCGAUACGGACGCCCUCGCAUCGCCCAACCAUGCAGAUCUGAGCCCCAUGCUUGCAUCCAGUGCUAAUCUUAUGAUGACUGCCCUCGGUAAUGAUAUUGCUCCAGGCGGUCAGGUAAUGGGCCCCCCUGAGGCGUUCUAUCCAUCCCGUGAUUUUGCUAUCGAUAGCUCUUUCGAGGACGACGAUGAAGAUGAUCCGGAGUCGGCUUUGAAUGUCGAAGACUUCAUUGACUUCGGUGAUGGGUCAUCUGAUGACGAGAUGGAUAAGGCGUUCGACGAAGAAGCGCUGAUGUCGCCAAUGACUGCUCGGCCCCUACAACUCGGCACGGGCACACCGACCCCUAAUCGCGGUGCCGACUCCCAGCAGGCCAGCAGUGCGGAACGAUUCCUAAACCACUUGGACCGUGGCAUCGUUACCGCGUUCCGCCGGAAUCACAACCGCUACCAAGCACUGUUGCGUCUCCCACAGCAUCGGGAGUUUAUGCCGGCCAAUUCGCCUUCUCGCCCUGCUAGCGUCUUCAGACAUGCACGCCAUGCAGACCAACGCACCCCCACGCGCAAGCGCAAAGCUAGUGGGUACAACGGCGGGGAAGCGGUCCGACGAAAGCUGAUGGACGCCCACCGCCACACCCAGCUUCCUUUCUAA